AUGGAUCUCAUCUUGGCUUCCAAUCUCGAACACAGGAUGGAAAGGGUAGCCACGGAAUAUCCUCCACAGGGGUUCUCUGCCAUGCUCGCAGAGAAUGAAGCCUCUGUAUUAGCUAGUGAGCGAGUGGGAGUUUCUUCUCAGGUAUCUGGCCUUUCACUUCUCUCAGAAGCUAGUAUUCAAUUCGCUGAGCUGGGAGAUAAAGAUCGCUUUUCAUGCCUAAAUGAAGCUAUUGACUCUGGUUUCCUUGACUUAGCUGUGAGGGAAUGGCCUCUUGCGAGAAGAAGGGCUUUGCCUUUGCGAGUGCCAUCGUAUAAUAAGAUCCAGAAUCUUACUCUAUCCAUUUUGAAUCUAUGA